AUGCAGCGAGAACUUGGAAAAUUCAGUCCCAAGUACGGAGGAAGUGCCAACGGACACAAUGGAAUAAAAUCGAUUAUAGAAUGUUUGAAAUCCGAUAAAUUCCAUAGGUUACGGAUAGGCAUUGGCAGACCACCAAGUCAUACCGAUGAUCGUUCACAUGAGGUUGUGUCCUCGUACGUACUGGGAGCUUUGACUCGUUCAGAGAAGGAAGUGUUAUUGAAUGAAGUAUUCCCGAAGAGCAAAGACGAAGCCAUAAGACUCGGUAUAACUGAGACAAAAUGA